GGCGACAUGGAUCAUUCGAAUAUUGGUGAGAAUGUUUCUGUGACUCCAGAGGAAGAAGGAAACGGAAAUAAUUCGUCAGCUAGAAAUAAUGACGUUGAGGCAUAUCGUAAAUCAGUUAAUGCAGGAAUUUACGAUGUUAUUGAGAGUUUUAAAGACGAUAAGACGAAAUCUUGGAUGGAGAGACGUAUUAAUACUUUACAUAGAUGGUAUUAUUACAUACUUGCCGUUACUUCAUUCCUGGCGUAUUCGGUGAUUAUUCCUAUUAUUAAAAUAAUAGCCGGUGCUCGGUGUUUAGGCAAGCUUGAGGGCGAUAAAUAUUUGGUUCCAUGCUUAAUAGCUGGGGGAGCACUGAUGCUUUGUAGGACUUUGCUUGAUAUAAUAAUCGAAUUAAUUAAAGUGAUUAAAUUACGAUACUCUGUAAAACCGAUCCUAAUAUUUAUUCGUACUGUGGUGACUACUUUCUUAAUAGGGUGUUACUUAUAUGUUUAUAGAAGUCGAGAAACGUUUCCGUCCGGACCACCACAUUGCGAAAUCAUACGUGAUAUGUUCUUAUUUAGUCCAAUAACCGAGGGAUUGAAUUUAGUGUGCUUCAAUUUGUCCUAUCAUUCCUUAUUUUACAAAUUAUUUCCUUGUGUAUCCGACCGUAUUCGUUAUUUACUGAAGUUGUCGAGGAAAUGUUGUUGUAAACUAAAAGCACAGAGUGCUUCCUCGGAAGAUACUCAGUCAACUACAGCAACCGAGCAUCUCGACGAGACGUCCUCCCAGUCAACACAGGAACCAAGCACCUCGACGAGAUUGUAAAAUUUUAGUAAAUUCUUACCUUCUUUUAAUGGCGAAUUUUGGAACGUGUCCGGCUUCUUAAAGCUCUUCGUAUUUAGUUCUGAAAAUUGGAUCCGUUUAAACUCAUUUUGGUUAUUUAUUUGUAUACAAGCAACACGUGCUAUGCUUUUAUGGAAGUUUUUAAGAGUGAUAUCUGAUUUGUAUAGAUAUUGUAUUUUACGUAAUUUCUAUGCUCUUCGACGAA